CCCCCCCCCCCCCGAGACAGCCACCAUGAAGCUCAUCCUCUCCACCUCCAACAUCAUGAUAAGCGGCGAGACAGUGAUCCGACAUCUGACCGAAAAGUCCAACGUCGAGCUGAUCAACUCGCUGCGCGACAACUUCCUCGCCGCGCAACAAUCCUCCACCACCGCCACCACAACCACCACCCCCUCCUCCCUCCCAACCUGGACAAAACAAGACAACGACACCCUAUACAUCCCGACAGCCUCUUUCGCGCACGGCCUGUCCGAAGAACGCCCCCAAUACGACAUCACCGUGAAACUCUUCUACCUGCCCGGGAUCCCUGCGUCGCGCCGAUGCGCACACACCCGGGAAGCCAUCGAUCUCGUCCUCAAAGAACUGCACGUCGACUCAAUCGACCUCCUGAUCGUCUCGUUCCCGGGGAUCCUCUUCGACGCAGACGACGACAGCGAGGAAGAGACACUCUCGGACACCGGGAGCGAAGAGCCGGACGACUUCGACAACAUGAUCCAGACAUGGCGCACGCUGGAAGAACUACACGCGAAAGGCAUGAUCUCGCAACUCGGCGUCGCAGAGUUCGGGAGCGAGCGACUCGCACGCUUCCUGCCGCAUACCAGCGUCAAGCCGUCAGUGAAUCAGAUCAAUCUGAAGGAUUGCUGCGUGGUGCCGAAGUCGUUGAUCCUGUAUGCCCGGCAGGAGAAGAUCCAGCUGUUGACGCAUAAUGAUUGUAUGGAUAUUCUGCCGGUCGGGACGACGAGGGAGUUGUUGGGGCCCGGGGAGCGCGGAGCGGGCAUUUUGGCGUCCGCGCCCGAUGCGACGGAUGGGGUGCAGGGGCAUGUCGAGCCCCAGUGGGUGGUUAAGUAUACCGCUGUGGUGAAGGAUCGGGGCGUCGUCGAGAAUAAGGGGUAUUUUGCCCUUGCGGAUGUGGGGAGUUGUGUGCAGGAGAGGUCGUAGCCUGUCAGCUGUCUGGCUGUCUUGGAAUAUAAGUAUACUGCAUGGUGGUUGCACGGCGCGGCGUUAGUUCGUUUCAUUUCUAUAUCUGAUGUCUAUUACGAAUACAUGAUACAUCCACUGU